GCUCGGCUGGCGGGACGGAGGUCAGUCGAGGAUGUGACUGUGUCACGUGAGCAUCACCUUUAAAAACCUGCAGAUGAGAUCGUUGUUACUUUACGUUAUGACGUAACGUGACGUCAUCGUAUAUACGUUCGUUGUCGGACGGUGGUGUUGUAACGUAUUAAUGGAAGCGAAAGGAGGGCUAAUUUGAAUGGGUGAAUUGGCGUUUAUUGUGAGCGUUGAAAAAGACGUAAUUAAUAACAAUGAAAAGAUAAUUAUCAUGCAUUUCCACACUACCGGUCUGUUGAUGGAACUUCCUGUGUCACCUGUAUAAUACGGAAGCUGGUUACUUCCGGUAACCUGAGACGUUGCCACGGAUCUUCCAGACUCUUCUGUCUAGACUGUCGUCUAUCGAAAGCAUUAAGAUAAAAGAAUGGGGCCCUAGACGGAUGGAGAAGUAGUAGAUUUUUUUAGACAGAAGUUCCCCAGGUUGCCAGAAGCAUGACUGUGAAAUAUACGCAGAAGGUAGCCAAUCAAAGAGGCUUUGGGUCCUUCACAAAGCUGCUGAUGAGAUGGCGCGGCAGCGUCUACAAGAUGGUCUGGCAGGACAUGGCCGUUUACUUGGUCCUCUAUUAUUUUCUCUCGCUCAUCUACCGCUUCGCCCUGUCGCAGUACCACAGAGGGGUGUUCGAGACCAUCGUCCUAAACUGCGCCAGGUUCCGCGACCUCAUCCCAGUGUCCUUCGUGUUGGGUUUUUACGUGUCCCUGGUCGUCAACAGGUGGUGGGGGACCUACAAGAGCAUCCCGUGGCCUGAUUCGACAGCUCUGCUCCUUGCUACUCACCUUCAGGGGAAGGACCAGGAAUCCAGAGAGCAGAGACUGACAAUCAUACGAUACGUCAACUUGGCCAUAGCCAUCACGUUCUCCAUGGUGUCACCUGCAGUUACCAGGAAACUGCCAACGCUACAGCAUUUCGUAGUGGCUGGCUACCUGAACGAAAAUGAGAUGCAGAUGAUCCAGGACCUGGAAAAGAAGACGAAGGUCCACAAGGCCUGGAUUCCAGUUAUGUGGGCCACCAGGAUGGUGGAGCAGGCCAGGCUGGACGGCAGGAUAAGGAGUGACGUCAUCGAGAACAACAUCAUCAACGAGAUAGACACCGUCCGAGAGAAGUGCGGCGCCAUAUUGGGCUGGAACGACCAUAACAUCCCUUUGGUCUACACACAGGUGGUGACCAUCGCCGUCUACUCGUUCUUCGGCUCCUCCCUCCUGGGCGAGCAGUACCUCGAUCCCACGAAGGACCUGAAGGGUCACGAGAUCGACCUGUACAUUCCGAUGUUCGCCCUCCUGCAGCUCUUCUUCUACAUCGGGUGGGUCAAGGUGGCCGAGGCUCUGCUGAAUCCCUUCGGGGAUGAUGACCACGACUUCGAGUUCAUCCCUCUGCUGGAAAGGCACAGGGAGAUGUCCUACAUGCUCUGUGGCGCGGAGGACUCCCCUCCUUCCAUACGAGAGUCGGACCGCAACGGCCAGCCCAAAAAGGAGGACCAGACAUCCCAAUUUGUGGUGGUUCCUAACACUGCUGCUGCUGGGGCCUCAGAUGCCCUAGAGCAGGUCGACAGCAGCGCCUGACCAGGUCGACAAGGUCAACAAGCAGCCUGCGAGAAGUAGGAAGUGGUUCGGGACCUGGAUAAGCCGCCAAGAAGUAACAAGAUGUCGAGCUUACUCCAGUUGACAAGAGACACUCGACGAGAGAAACACUUUGCUGGGAGAUCAAUCACAAAAUGAAAUGUGCGACAGAGGAGUGGCAGAAUUGAAUAAAAUGGUGAUCAACUACAGAUUACUGUAAAAAAAAAAAAAGGCCUUGGUACCGUUCUCAUAAAGAUGGCUGAACCCAAAACUCUACAUAUGAAUCUUGUGUGUGUUGGUGAAUUUAAUAUAUAAUAUUUGUAUGACGAAUCAUCACAAUUCAGUGACUAUUAUCUGCGCAUGACGUCGAAACUCACACAUAUAUAUAUAUAUAUAUAUAUA